AUGGGCCAGAAUGCUUUCCGCAAGCUACGCGAGUUCCGCAGACUGCACGAGACUGCCUGGGACAAGACGAACCCCGAGUUCAAGCGCAUGGACAAGAAGACGAGGGUCAGGAAGAUCAUGGACCAGCGCGCCAACACCAGCGCCGACUUGGCGGAAGUGUUGCGGAUACAAGAGGCGCAUGGAGCCAAGACGGCGGAAGAGCAGGCAGAGCAGGAGAAGAAGGUAUCGACUUUCCUCGACAAGCGAUGGGAGCAGAUUGACGCCCUGGCGAAUGCGGGGCUGGCCAAGGCGAAGCCCACGGAUAACGUCAAGUGGCUGCAGGGCCAAAUACGGUCCAUGGACCACAAGCUGAAGAUGAAGCACCACCAGAACGAGGCCGAUCAGAAGAGCAUAAAGGCUGCCAAGGAGAGCCUCGAGACCCGCCUGGGGAAGCUGCAGUACGCUCUGCGAAAAGCGGAGCAAUUCAAGAACCUGCAAGAAGACCUCACCAAGAGAGCAGCGCCCGCCAACGAACUCGGCGCUGAGACGAAGUUGUAUGAACUGAAACUCCAAGCCCGCACCCUGCAGGAGGCGCUCGACAACCCCGAUCCUACACGUGCCGAAGCAGACCUUGAGCUGGAUCGUGAGAUUCUCGCAGGUCAUCGCGCUGAAAUUACCACCCUCGAGCAGGCUUUCGAAGCAAAGGCCCAGCUUAAAAACGGCAACCACUACAUCGCCCGCUCCGUCCUGCCCAAAGCCCUCAAGACACCCCCAGUCAAGCCCUACACACUCGAAGGUGUGAGCGUGAGAUGGGCCGACAUUCAAGACGCCCUCUAUGCAGCCGGUAAAUGGCCCGCAGCCAUCGAACACGAGCCUCUGGAGAUCAACAAGGCGCGUGGCGAGACCUUGAUGCUUUCUGCCGAGGAGUACGAGGUUGAGAAGCAGAAUGAGGUUGGGAGGAUUAUGGAUACGCUGAAUCUGAGGGAGGGCGAGUAUCUGGAAGAGAAGGAUGGGCUGAAGAGCUCGUUGGAUAGCCCGGCACUCAAGAGUGGGAUUGCCAUGUCGAUACCGCGGGAUGCUUUUAAGAGCGCGACGGUGUAG